UGAAUUAUCGCCCUUGUGACCCAAAUAUUAUUGAAAUCGAGGCGGUUAAAAAAGAAUGAAUACAAUCAACGAAAGUGUGAAAGACAGGGCAAAUAAAACGUAAAAUAGAAGUAAUAUGUUACUUCAAGAACCCGUACAGGCAGCAAUAUGGGACUCCCUGAACCAUUAUGCCUAUACAGAUGCCACUUUCCUGGCUGAAAGAUUAUAUGCAGAAGUAUCAAAUGACGAUGCCCUUCACUUAGUUGCAACAUGUUACUACAGAGCAGGCAAACCAAUCAAAGCCUAUAUGAUGUUACAGAAACAUGGCUGCCCUACACCACAGUGUAAAUAUCUCAUGGCUAAAUGCUGUAUGGAAAUGAAUAAGUUACCUGAAGCUGAAAGUGUACUUGCUGGAAAUAUUGUAAAUGCUAAACCUAAAACACAUGAGGAAAUUGAAAGUGAAUUUGGUGGUAUUGCUUGUCAUGUUUUCUCAACUCUUGGUGCUAUGUAUAGUAAAACAGAGAGAAUAUCAAAAGCCAUAGAAUGUUACCGUAGGAGUUUGAAGUUGAAUCCCUUAUUGUGGUCCUCAUUUGAGAGACUUUGUCAGUUAGGCGACAAGGCAGACCCAGUCCAAGUCUUUCAUUGUAUUUCUACUCCUAUAGCAACUCAAGUCCCUACCAUCAACAUUCAGGCCCCUCUACAGAACCUUAAUGAUGUAUUAACACCACAACCACUCAUAUCCACAGAUAAUCAGACACCACAACCUUUGAUACAGAAUAGUACCAUGUCACAUACACCAGAAAACUUCCCAGAAGCUACACAAAUUAAUGAAAAGUGUCCACGUGUAAGACGUGGAUCUCGCUUGAAAGAUAUUCCAGAACGAUCAGACAUUACCAAAAAUAUAAUCAAACCAUUGUUUCUUAGUCCUUUAACACCAAGUUUUGGGUUUUUACCUCUGGACACACCCAGUCCAGGUGGACCUGGGAACAUUCCAUAUGAUACACCUUCACCAAUGAUGGAGAACACACUCAGAGCUCCAGGAGCACCAAGAAGAACAGUUUCUGUGAGAGGAUCCCAGAAUCACCCUGUUCCUCCACCAGUGUUAAAUUUUUCGGGAAAUAAUACAAAUACCAGAGAAAAUCAACCAGCUGGCAUUCAGAACAACCCCCCUCCAGUUAGGAGAAGUUCACGUUUGUUUGGUAGUAAUAACUCAAGUUCUGUGAAGGAAAAUAACAAAAGUCAUGGAACCAAGACACGUCUCCAGAGUCCAAAGGCUUUAGGCAGGAAGUCCAAAACCAGAAGCAGUAAAUCUCAACAGGAACUCAAUAAAAUAAAUAAGUCAGAACCUUCCUUAGAUUCUAAACCUGUUCCCCAGGUGCCAACACAAACUCAGAUCUUACAAAUGCAACAACAGUCUCUCACUGGUAUUUUACAUCUCCUACAAUGUAUUGGUAAAGCUUACCAAGCCCUGUCACAAUAUGAUUGUAAAAAGGCUAUAGAAAUGUAUGAAGAUCUUCCCAUACACCAGUAUAAUACGGCAUAUGUCCUUUGUCAGCUAGGCAGGGCAUACUUUGAAUUAUCGGAAUAUCAAAAUGCUGAAAGGUUAUUUGGUGAGGCCAGAAGUUUAGAACCUUAUCAUUUAGAAGGCAUGGAAAUAUUCAGUACAACUUUGUGGCAUUUACAACGGGAAGUAGAGUUAUCUGCUCUUGCUCAAGAAUUAACAGAUAUGGAAAAAAAUUCCCCUGAGGCAUGGUGUGCUACAGGGAACUGUUUUAGUUUACAAAAAGAACAUGAUACUGCCAUUAAAUUCUUCCAAAGAGCUAUUCAGGUUGAUCCUAAUUUUGCAUAUGCUUUUACAUUACUUGGGCAUGAGUAUGUGUUCACUGAGGAAUUAGAUAAAGCUAUGUCGUGUUUUAGAAAUGCUAUACGGGUGGACCCACGUCAUUUUAAUGCAUGGUAUGGUGUAGGAAUGAUUUAUUACAAGCAGGAGAAAUUUGAUUUUGCCGAAGUCCAUUUUAGAAAAGCUUUACAUAUAAAUCCUCACAGCGCUGCACUUCUUUGUCACAUAGGGGUGGUACAACACGCCCAACAGAAGUCAGAGAGCGCUUUAUCAACCUUAAAUAAAGCCAUAGCAACAGAUCCUAGAAACCCACUUUGUAAAUUUCACAGGGCAUCUAUAUUGUUUGCUAGUGAUAAACAUAAUGAAGCUCUUAAAGAAUUAGAAGAAUUAAAACAAAUAGUUCCUAAAGAAUCUCUAGUCUACUUUUUAAUUGGAAAGGUGCAUAAAAAAUUGGGUAAUACACAUUUUGCAUUGAUGAAUUUCUCGUGGGCAAUGGACUUGGAUCCUAAAGGAAUUAACAACCAGAUUAAAGAAGCUAUUGAUAAACGUUAUGUUACUGAGGAUGAUGAAUCUUUAGCGAGAUUAAAUGAUACAGGUCUGGAUGAUGACAUAGGACUAGAAGAUGUUGUAGAUGGGAAUGAAGACUUACAAUUACAGGCCAUUGAAAGUGAUGAAAGCUUGUGAUAAAAGUCAUGUGAUUUUAGAUUGUCUGAGUCGGAUAAACUCUUUAUUCUGUAUCAGAAAGAUGAUUUUAUGGAAUGAAACUGCAGAUGUGAUAAUGAACUUGUUAUAUUGAGAAAUUAUUAGUACAUAGAUAAAUUAAUUAUGUAGAAGAAUUAUUUUUUAAAGCUCAAUGCAUUUUUAAUUCUAAAUUCUGAAAUUACUCAAAAGUCAAAUGUGGGGAAAAUAUCAGCCACAAGGCUUUCUUUUGAAUAUAUUGUAGUAUAUCUUUUUCUAAAGCUAUAAAUAUAUUGUCUAAUCAGGAGAAGAAGCAUAAUUUACUCUUAAAGCAUUUUGUCUUUUAUAUUUUGAUAUGUGGAAUCAGUGUUUGAAUAUUUCAAGUUAUAUUUAAAUUUCCUACAUGAAAGCAUAUGUUUUUUGAAGAAAAAAAAAACUUUUUGACUUGAUGAAUUUUAGAAUUUCAUUUUAAGCUAAAAAUAUUCAAAAAUACUUUCAGAAUCUAAAGUACUAUUGGUAAUUUGAUUAUUUGUACCUUAGAAUGAAAAUAAUAUUGCCAUAUUGGUUGAAUUUCUAUUGAUUAUGGUGUACUUAUCCAAUCAUAUCAUUUUGGUUUAGGCUUUUGAAAAAAUUACCCAGAAUGCAUUAUAUUUCUUAAAUGGUGAAUGUUGAACUAACAAACACAUAUUCAAGUGCUGAUAUUAACUUAUUGGGUUGUCUCCCAUUACAAUGUGCAGGAAAACAGACAACAUUUGUCUGUUAGGUGUUAUCACAUUUUAUAUUUUAUUGCUUUUGUUUCAUAUAAAGUUAUUUAUUA